AAAGAAAGAAGACGUCAUUCGAAAAAUGUGUGUUGGAUUGGAAGGUUGAUAAAGUUGUGUUUUGUUGAUUGCUACGAAUUAUGCAAUUAAAUUGUGAUAGUUACGUGUGAUUUGUUGUUGCAACAGACAAUCUAAAAUGUCUCACGAUACAGACUUGUUGAUAUCAGUGCCACGUUCGUGUAUAGCUGAAUUUUACAAUAAAUAUCUGAAUCUAGUUGAAACUUUUUACUAUGUCACUUUAACAGAGAACAAAUCUGCCUUCUGUAAAGAGAAACCUGAAUAUGUGUACUUCAAUGUGAUUUUUAACUUGAACCCAGCUGAUGGAAGCUACAAUCCUCGGGAGUUGGUUGUUCGAAUACAGAAAUAUGUGGAAUCAUCCCUGGGCUGGGCAGGCGAGCGCGGCGAGGACAGCAGCUAUGAUUCGGAGUGCGAAGACGAGGGCGCACAUCGCGCCGCCUCCCGGACGCCGUCGGACACUCUUGCCGCGGAGUUCGCGGAGUACGUCACAGUCUCAGUCCCACAGCCUAACCAGGCGAAGAUUGAGUUCGCGGUGAAGCUGGGCUACUCGGAGCAGUUAGCACGGACGGCUCUCCAGAGAUUAGGCCCGGACCCGCCACAGAAUUCUUUGCUGGCUGAGCUGAUCAAGCUAUCGGCUAUGCAGCCACCGCGCGCGCUGUCGCCGCCGCCGCCGCGCGACCCCGACCCGCCGCCCGACCGCGCCGCGCUGAGGCAUAUUGUUAUAGACGGCAGCAACGUUGCUAUGAGCCACGGCAACAAGGAGGUGUUCUCGUGCAGAGGCAUCGAGAUAUGCGUGGACUGGUUCCGCAGCCGCGGGCACAAGGACGUCACGGUGUUCGUGCCCAAGUGGCGCAAGGAGGCGUCGCGGCCCGACAACCCCGUGGCCGAGCGCGACGCGCUGGAGCGCCUCGAGCGCGCGCGCGUGCUCGUCUACACGCCCAGCCGCCUCGUGGGCGGCAAGCGCCUCGUCUGCUACGACGACCGCUACAUCCUGCGCCUCGCCGCCGAGACCGACGGCGUCGUCGUCUCCAACGACAACUACCGCGACCUCGCCGCCGAGAGCCCCGAGUUCCGCAAGGUCGUCGAGGAGCGCAUCCUCAUGUACUCGUUCGUCAACGACCGCUUCAUGCCGCCCGACGACCCGCUCGGCCGCGCCGGGCCCACGCUCGACGCCUUCCUGCGCGCGCCCGCCGGCGCCGAGCCGCCGCCCGCCUGCCCCUACGGCCGCAAGUGCACCUACGGCAACAAGUGCAAGUACCACCACCCCGAGCGCGCCGGCCGCCCGCACAAGUCCGUCGCCGAGCGGCUCAGCGAGCGGGCGCGCGCGCUGCACACCGUGUCGCUGCCGCCGCCCGGCGCCGCGCCCAAGCGGCCGCUGGCGCGCGCGCACUCCGCCGCGCCGCGCCUGCCCGACGCCGCGCUCGCCACGCACUUCGAGCGCGCGCAGCUGCAGCCCGAGCCCGGCGCGCACCGCAAGCUGGCGCGCCAGCCGCCCGCGCCGGCGCACGCGGCCGCCGCGCGCGUGGCCUCCGCCCCGGCGGGCGCGGCGGCCGCGUGGCGCGCGCUCCCGCCCUCGCCGUGCGCGUCCGAGGGCGCGCUGCAGCACUGGGACGCGCGGCGCCGCAUGCACUUCCACCUGGCCGGCAUCUUCCCGGAGGCGCAGGUGGCGGAGGCGAUGGCGGCGUUCCCGGAGCAGACGGACGCGCAGGCGAUGUGCGCCGUGAUCCUGGCGCGCUACCGGCCGAGCGAGGCGGCGCCGCCGCGGCCGCGCUGACCGCCGCCGCCGCGCGCCGCGACGCCCGAAUUAUUUCCGAUUUCGCUCCCGAAAUCGCGAGCAUACGUUCGGAGGCGGUCGCCGGGCGGCGAGGGCGCGGCCGGGGCGCGCGCCGGUCGGAAGUAUUGUGCCAAUUACGACGGUCCGCUGCCCGGUCGUCGUAACUGACGGGUAGGCAUUUAUAUACACUUGUAUAUUUUCAGAUAAUGUUCACUCCUGUACGCUUCUGCGAAGUGUACGGAGCUAUUUAAUUAUAUUUUAAAUGGACGUCAUCAUGAGUAUGUACAAAAUCAUUUUAUCACUGACAUGCAUAAAAUUUACUUGUAUCAUUAUUUUGUAUUUUAUAAUGACUUGUGCGAUUUUAACUGUAGCUUCCUUGCAAAUCACGAUAUUUCUGUAAAUACCGCAUCCAGUGAAAUUAAGCAUUCAUAAUUAAAUAAAUUCUUAUUGUUAUCCUAAAUACACUUACUCAUAGUCAUAUCGUGAAGUAAUAUUAAAAUAACGAAUAAAAUGUAACAUCAUAUUAUUUUGGGAACUAACCAGUUAAUCAUAAUAAAAUAACAACAACCUUUACUUUUUCAUUUGUAUGUACUCUUCUUAUAUAAAAUUUAACUCUUAACAUUUUCAUGUAAAUACCUUGUACUUCUUUCUGGAAGUAUAUUUAACAUCUAAAGUGCACUUUAUGGUUAUGGCCACAAUUAGAAGUAAGUCUACACAGUCUUUAAUGUUCAUACUUUGACACCAUGUUCAAAUUGUUAGGAGACUUGGUCAUUCCUGUUUAGUAUGUUUUAGGUGUAAAAAGGCCAGAUAUCAUGGACUAAUAGUCAUUAUCAUAUAGGUGUAACAUUGAACACAACUUAUUGUUUGAUUUUUAUUAAAUUGAACUGUAUAAAAACUAUAAAUGCAA